CAUGAAGCCCCACGACUCGUUUGUUAUACCCUCUAUUUUACCUCCCUUCAACUCUUUGAAAAGGCCAGCUUGGUGGAGUUCUACCAGACAUCGAGUGGACUGUGUAGCUCCAAGUUGCUUUGGUGGGCCUAUGACACCUUUGCGAAGAGUAUCUCAGCUUCUUCUAAUAACGACGCAGCCUUAGCUCCCUUUGAGGGAGACCGUUUGGCUGGAUUGACGGCUCGCCUAAGCGACAGGCUCUUAAUGGAGCUACGGACACAAGCAACGGCUUCUCAACGUCUCGAGGCCUGCCUCGGCGAGGCCCUUGCCGAACUUAGACUCGCACUGAAGAAUGAGACCGACGAUGAAAGUUAG